UUAACAACCUCUUGCUCUCUUGCGCAGUUCGUUCAAUCGAAUCACGAUGAGAGACUCCCAUCGACUUUUCUUGAAAAGCCUGAUGUCUAAACAGUUUCUUUCUGAGAAGGAGACUAAGACUCUCUACCAGAAAUCUUACAGCGUCUUUGGAGAUGAAAGCCUUCCAGAAGAUUUUGAAGCAUUCUUAGCAACUGUUAACAAAAAUUUGAAACCUUUCUUCAUGGAGAUUAGACGAGGAGUUUCGGAAGAAGAUGGAGCCGUCCAUUUCGGUUUGGUCAAUACUACAGAGGACGACGCUUCAAAACUGGCCACAGAUUUUUCUCCAAGUGAUAUUGCAUUCUUCAAGAAAGCUAUGGACCUGAUAGUUGCCUCUCCAGGUGGGUUGGCAUCAUCUGUGGAGAUACUCAAUGCUGCACAUGAGUUGGAGAAAACCAUCAAAAUAAAGAUGAGUAUGACUCAUGCUGAGAACCUGGUUGAAAGACUUAUUAAAGAUAAAUGGAUGUCAGAGUUUUCAGGGUCAUACUCUCUAGGACCAAGAGCAAUGUUGGAACUACGUCCAUAUCUAAAGCGAGUUUAUGAAGAUGAAAUAGUGGACUGUAUGAUUUGUCAUGACAUAGCUGUAAGGGGACAGUGUUGCACUCAGUGUGAUGGCAAGCUUCAUAAUCAUUGUGCAGCUCGCUUCUUUAAUGGAAGAGCUCAGAAGACGUGUCCAAACAAACAGUGUGGUGCUAUGUGGACACAUAGAGUUCCUCAGUUGUCAACGUCAUCUCCUUCUCAAGUGAAUGGUGAAAGUAAUGCCGCAGCUGGAAGGCAUCACAAAAAGAGGAGAAAGAAUACAAAGUAACACAGACUUUGAUAUAUGAGGAGACAAACAGAAAAUUGAUUUAAAAAAUUAGGAAUAUUAGACUUUCAUGUUAAGAGCACAGGGAAUUGUGAAAAUUUCCACCAGCAGUUUCACCACGCUCUUCAUGUAAAACUAAAUUAUACUCAGCUAAUCUGCAUCAACAGUCAAUUAUAGUGGUAGUUGGAACAUUUUAAGUUAUUACAUUUAUAAGCCUGAAUACUCCAAAAUUGUUUUCCCUUUUUACUUGAAUGUAUGCCAAAAAUUUAUACUGAUGUUCUUAAUAAAACAAUAUUUAUACUGA